GGCCGGUUUUCCUUCACUUCCCGUAGUUUUGACACAACAGCAGCAGGCUAGCAGUUCUUAGCACUUAGCAGACAUUUCACUUGUCAAUUCGCCGUGGUAUUCAAUUUACGAUGUCGGAAAACAUGUCAGCAGAGGUGGAGCGAUCAGAAAGAUCAGAUGGCAAGCUUGUGAAGAUGGAGAUUGACUACAGUUCAACUGUAGAUACACGUCUACCGGAGUGUGCCAAAAUGGCAAAUGAAGGUAGGCUGCAGGAGGCCGUUGAAAGCCUCUUGUCGCUGGAGAAGCAAACAAGAACGGCUUCUGACAUGGUGUCAACCUCCAGAAUCCUGGUGGCCGUUGUGCAGAUGUGCUAUGAAGCGAAGGACAUGGACGCCCUGAAUGAAAACAUCAUGCUGCUCUCUAAAAGGAGGAGUCAGCUCAAAGGGGCUGUUGCUAAGAUGGUGCAAGAAUGUUACAAGUAUGUAGAUACCGUGACCGACCUGACCGUUAAGCUGAGACUCAUUGACACACUACGCACAGUGACCGCUGGAAAGAUCUAUGUGGAGAUUGAGCGAGCCAGGCUGACCAAAACAUUGGCAAACAUCAAGGAGCAGCAUGGCGAGGUCAAAGAGGCCGCAGCCAUCCUCCAAGAGCUGCAGGUGGAGACAUAUGGCUCCAUGGAGAAGAAAGAGAAGGUGGAGUUCAUUCUGGAGCAAAUGAGACUGUGCAUCGCUGUCAAGGACUACAUCCGCACCCAGAUCAUCAGCAAGAAGAUCAACACCAAGUUCUUUACAGAGGAUGGCACUGAGGAGUCUAAGCUGAAGUAUUACAAUCUGAUGAUCCAAGUAGACCAGCACGAGGGAUCCUACUUGUCCAUCUGCAAACACUACCGUGCCAUUUAUGAUACCCCCUGCAUUCUGGAGGAUAGCUCCAAAUGGCAACAGGCCCUGAAAAGUGUUGUUCUGUAUGUGAUACUGGCUCCCUACGACAACGAGCAGUCAGACCUGGUGCACAGAAUCAACGAAGACAAGAAAUUGGAAGAAAUACCCAAAUACAAGGACCUCCUGAAGCAGUUCACCACCAUGGAGCUAAUGCGUUGGGCCUCCCUGGUGGAGGAUUAUGGGAAGGAGCUGAGGGAGGGCUCCCCCGACAGCCCGGCCACCGACGUAUUCAACUGCUCAGAGGAGGGCGAGAAGAGGUGGAAGGACCUCAAAAAUAGAGUGGUGGAGCACAAUAUAAGAAUUAUGGCCAAAUAUUACACAAGAAUCACAAUGAAGAGGAUGGCUGGCCUCCUGGACCUCUCCAUUGACGAGUCUGAGGAGUUCCUCUCCAACCUGGUGGUGAACAAGACCAUCUAUGCCAAGGUGGACAGGCUAGCCGGCAUCAUCAACUUCCAGAGGCCGAAGGACCCCAACGACCUGCUCAACGACUGGUCCCACAAACUGAACUCCCUCAUGUCCCUGGUCAACAAAACCACACAUCUCAUCGCCAAAGAGGAGAUGAUACACAAUCUGCAGUGAUGAGGACCGAGUGCAUUGUUUUCAUUAAAACAUUUAUUGUUCUUCUGAAUUUAUAUUGAUGAAUGAACCGUUAUUCCAAUGUCAACUACUCCAAUUUUUUGGAAUAACAAAUAACACAUCCCUUUCUGUUUCUUACGGUCAGCAAAGUUGGAGCAUUUACAAUAAACAAGUCUUACGGCCAUAUGUUGUUACUAUCUCUUGUCCCACUGAUGUAAUGCAAAUUACAUUGUUUAGAGUGGUCUCCCAAGUUUAUCUACUACAAUCUGGGCAUGUACUUUGUUCUAGAACCUAGACCACAGAAGGGCAUACACUGUUAAUGUUUUCUCUCCUGUUCCAACUCUCUUUUUCAUGUAACCGUCAUAAGGGAUUUAGUGUUAGAGCAUUUGCGUGCAACUUGCUGUAUUAAAACAUUUACUGUAAGUUCUUGAUGUCUUUUUGUCUACUUUGCAAUGUAAACAAACUAUUCUCACCUUGCAUAAUGGAUAUUAUUUUGAGUGUUGUAACAAAUUUGAUUAUUACAGAGUUGUAUGUAACUGUUGUCAGAUCAAGUUAAGAAUACUUAUUUAAAAGCUGUGAAAUGCAAACCUGACAUGCAGCUUUUUGUUGUUGGUUUGAAAGGUUCUGGAUCCUCUGUAGCCAUCUAGGGAUGACUAUAAAUGUUACAGCAUGCACAGCUGACACUAAAUCAAGACUUAUUUAGUCAGUUUAUGCAAGAUGCUGAAUGUUUCUACCUUACUGUGUAGUUAUAUCCACAUGAAAAUAGAAAAACAGCAUUUAUUCAAAAGUAAAGGCAUUGAGAUAUUAUGUAGAAAUAAUGUAAAUGUAGUAAUGUAAGAUUAAACAUUACCUUUCAAUUGUUUUAAUUAUCCAAAUCAUCUAUACGUCAAAAUAUCUCUGAAAAUUGUC